AUGAUAGCAAAUCUUGAAACUGAAGCAAAAGCAUUAUUUUUGCAAACAAGAAAUAAUACUUCUACAUUGUAUACUGAAUUAGUAUCUGCUGUAUGUAGUAUCUCCAAAGAUGAUAAACAAAUACUAGUACUAAUUAAAAAAGUUAGUAGUUGUUUUGAUGACUACUGGUAUCAUCUUCUUGCAAAGCUUCGAAAAAGAGCUGACAAGUAUUUGAAUCAAUUUGAUGAUUUUAUCCAUGAAGCAAUUAAGAGAAUUAUUACUUCAAAAUUAGAGAAAACUGAUAUGAAAAUAGUGCUUCAUAAUUGUGAUACAAUUACAGUUAACUUGCAAAUUUCAACUAUACUUGGUAUUGUCGCCCGAUUGCCAGUUCAAGAUUUAUUAAAAUGUAAAACUAGUUGA